GACUCGCUCAUACCAUCACCAAAUCCUCAAUUGCACCCACAACCACGGUACUAUGGGCCAAAAUGUCCCUUCUGAGACGAACUGCUCGUUCCAUAUCGCCUCAUGCUAGGCCAUCACUCUCAGCCAUCAACACAACACGCCGCAUCUCACAUCCAGCCAUUCUCAGCUCAUUAACUUCAUCGCCAUACGCCAACCGCAGAAACUUCUCCGUCGCUUCUGCGCUCGGUGAAACAGUCACCGUCACAGCCGAUGCCCUCAGCUGGGCUCAUAGCGCUGGCGUGCCAUGGUAUGUGGCCAUCCCACUACUUGCCGUGGGCGUCAACGCAACCAUCCGAUUCCCUCUUCAACUAUACAGCGCUCGUUUGCGGGAGGCCAGAAAACCAUUGGAUCCUCUUAUCACAGCUUGGACUCGUCGGCAUAUGAUGGAUAGGAGCUUAAACGACCCUGAGCUUCCAGAGCGUGUGAGAUCGCUUCGCAUUGCAGGUGCUGUUGAAAAGUCAAGACGGAGAAUAUUAAAGACCUGGGGUCUCCAGCGCUGGAAAAGUAUGGCACCUUUACUUGGAAUGGUUCCCUUUGUCACCAUAUCUGAGGCUCUACGAAGGAAAUGUGGUGCACCCCUGGGUUGGAUCAGUCACAAGAUUGGCCUAGGCAAUACUGGUCUAGGGCCUUCGAGCAGCAUGUUUGACCAGUCCUUGGUGGACGGAGGCUUAUUCUGGUUCACCGAUCUAGCGUCUGCGGACCCUUAUUACGGGCUGCCUAUCAUCUGUUCGUGUAUUCUGGUAUGGAGUAUAUGGGCGAGGAUGCCCAAGGAACAACUCCAGGCACUGUUGCGAAUCCAGCCUCCAGGCUCCAAGAUGAUGGUCACUUCCAGGCUACAACAACUUCUGGGCCGUGUCAUGCUUAUGAUGCCCCUACUGCCACUCCUCUUUGCCGAUUUGCCAAGCGCUAUCUUCCUUUACUGGGGUACAUCAUUUGCGCUUACCCGCGUCAAUGACUUCUUUAUACAACGUCUUGUUCCACCAAAGAUGCCAGACCUGAGGGCACCUAAGCCGUUGAAAGAAUUUCCUUUCGUGCUGAAAGACCAAUCACGGAUUGCAAAGACAUCAGGCAAAAAGAACAAUUGAUUAAGCGUUUAUCUGUAACUACCAAUGUAGACGCAUGGGAAAAAUUCGAUGUAUACCUAGGAAACUCCGAUAGACGCCUCAAGAACAAGAACGGGCCACUCAUAAUCGUCAGACGCUGCGCUCUAAUAAUCUAGUCAAGGACAAUAGCCAGAAUAACAAUGGUCAAAAUGACGGCGAGGAUCAGCAACAGGCAGCAGCUCUUGUUGCGGGCUGCCUUCUGAUACCGCGCGGCCUGUCGGUUCUCAACAUCAGCUUGCCGCGUGUCGUCGCGGACGUUCUCAACAUUGUCUGCGAUCGUUCCAAGCUGCUCUCCCUGCUCAUUGACGAUUUGCGCCACUUGUCGGAAGAGAACGUUCAAGUCGCCGACACCCUGCUCAAUGUUGCGGAUCUCCUCCUCGCGCUCAAUGAUCAGGGCUUCCUGGAAGUCGACCUCGUCUUGGGGUGCGAGCUGGGAGGCUUGUUCUUGUUGCUGUAGUUGCUCAAGCUGAUUGCCAGACUGGGGACCUUCGGCGUGUUCGCCCUCCUGUGCCGCACGGGCGGCGGUAACGGAUGCGCGCUCUUUUUCGAGGGCUUUUCGCUGAAGGCUUUGGAAUUCUUGGAGCGCUGCUUGGAAGUCGCUCGAGACCUUUGUUUGCUCGUACUUUUGUUGUUUCUGGAUAGGAUUAGUAUGCGACAAUGAAUUCGAG